AUGAAUAUUUGUGCAUUAGUCAUACAUUUAUUUGUUGCCCAAUGUCUUGGUUCCCAAUCCAAUUCUCCAUCCGUAAACCAUUUAACUAACUGGGCAUCCACUCACCCAAAUGACACGACAACAUUUGCCACAACGGCCAAUGGAAUCUUGUACCCUUCACUAUCAGCUAGUCAAGCAAUCGGCAUCAAUGGUCAUAUUCUCCUACAGGACAUGUUCCUCUUGGAGAAAACACAAUCAUUUAAUCGUGAGCGAAUUCCAGAAAGAGUUGUCCACGCGAAGGGGGCUGGAGCAUUUGGAUUCUUUCAAGUCAAUCAAAACAUUGCGCAUAUUACGAAAGCCAAAUUUUUACAACCGGAUCAGAAGACGAGAGUUGCAGUACGAUUCUCCACGGUGGGAGGAGAAUUAGGAUCGAGUGACACUUGGGUAGAUCCGAAAGGAUUUGCUGUGAAAUUUUAUACAACGGAAGGGAUCCAUGACCUAGUGGGGAAUAACAUUCAAGUUUUUCCAAUCCGAGACCCCAUGUUAUUCAGCGACAUUAAUCGCUCUCGUAAACGAAAUGCUCAAACCCAUUUAAGAGAUCCGACGGAAUGGUGGGAUUUCGUUACCCUCCGUCCCGAGACAACUCUUCAUACUUUGCAUCUAUUUUCCGACAUGGGAACGCCACGUUCAUUCCGUGGAAUGGACGGGGCAGGAGUUCAUACGUUCAAGAUGGUGAACUCAUCUGAAUCCCCAGUUUAUGUCAAGUUUCAUUGGAAAACGAAACAGAAAAAGGGGUACUUUACACCUCAAGAGUCAGCAAAUAUGGCAGGAAUAAAUGCCGACGUGUUACUGCAGGAUUUAUAUGACGCCAUUGAACUUAAAGAGUAUCCAUCUUGGGACCUUUUCAUACAAGUCAUGACAUUUGACCAGGCCAAGAAACAUCCGCAGAAUCCGUUUGACAUCACGACAUUUUGGCGACCGGAAGAAUACCCACUCAUUCCCGUGGGAACCAUGACGCUAAAUGAGAACCCCAAAGAUUACUUUUCUCAAGUGGAACAACUUGCUUUCAGCCCUUCUCGAAUGGUGCCUGGAAUAGAACCAUCACCUGAUAGGAUGCUACAUUCACGAAUAUUUUCCUACCCGGAUGCUCAAAUGUACAGAUUGGGGGUAAAUUCUCACCAAAUUCCGGUCAACAAAUGUCCCUUCGCGAUUACAGGGACAUACCAAAGGGACGGUGCGAUGAAUGUUGGCUCAAAUGGGGACGGUGGUCCGAAUUAUUAUCCAAAUAGUUUUCAUGGGGUUCGACAGGCCAUUGGAGUAAACACCAAAUUCUCCGUUAGUGGUGACGUUGACCGGGUUGAUACAGGGAACGAAGACAAUUUUUCAAUGGCCGUUAAAUACUUGAAGUUGGACGUGGAUACAGAAGAGAGGAAACGUAUUUAUGACAAUAUUGCUGAUUUUCUGGGCAAGGCGGAUAAAAGCGUGCAAGACAGAUUUCUCACCAAUAAUGCGUAUCCAGUAAGUCAAGAGUUCGGCGAUGGGAUGAAAGAUGCUUUGGAGAGGAGGAGGAAGAUGAAGUAAUAAUGUCGCAGUGAAAGACCUACAGCGUGAAGAAUAAUUCUAAUUUUGUAUUUAAUUUAUAUGAAGUAUAUUCAUAGUAUGCAAUAAACUUUU